CAAACACAAAGUGGGCAAGCACAAAGCAGACAAGCACAAGAUUGGCAAGUCCAAGGUGGGCAAGCACAUAGUGGGCAAGCACAAAGCAGGCAAGCACAAGAUAGGCAAGUGCAUGAUAGGCAAGUACAAAGUGGACAAGCACAAGGUGGGCAAGUGAAUGGUAGACAAAAACAAGAAGGCCAAGCAAAUAGCAGGCAAGCACAAGGUGGGCAAGUGAAUGAUAGACAAAAACAAGAAGGCCAAGCAAAUAGCAGGCAAGCACAAG